AUGGUUCGUCACAAGACUCUCUGGGAGCUUAUUGAAAGUCCCGAGGAUCGAAUCAGCAAGUUGCACGCCUAUCUAUCUGACAUUGAUCCGUACAUAGAGUACAAGAUCACUCCAAUUCAGGAUCCAUUUGGUCCAGCAAUCGUGGAUGGGGAGCUUCAGGCAAUAGUCGUCAGUGAAGAAACAAUUCGUGGAGGACACAAAAUCAAUGAAAUUCGCGCUUCUAAAUCCAUGUCCCAGCUUGAUGUGGAUGUGAUUCAUAUGCUGAAUGACGGUCAUCGAGAGCACGACAUUGAAGAGGAAAAGGUUUCUUCAUCAUCGCUGCGAAUUCGCAAACUAGGCACCUUGAUCAAAGAACCUGAGCCUCGUCCUAAUCUGCCAACGAAACCGUACAUUAUCGGUCUCACCGGAAUGAUCGCCAGUGGCAAAUCGUCAAUCUCCGAGAAGCUUCGAAAGCUGGGCGCCGGUGUUGUCAAUGUAGACCUGUUAGCACAUCAAACAUAUAGAAGCCCAACUAUGCCUGCAUUUAAGGAAAUUGUUGCCAACUUUGGAGCGGAAGUUUUGGAUCCCAAUGGAAACAUUGAUCGCCGCAAGUUAGGCGCUAUGGUGUUUGAGGACGAGGCCAAACUGACGCAGCUCAACAGCAUCAUCUGGCCAAAAGUGGCGCAACUAGUGGAGGAGGAGGUCAAAGUGCUCAGUCAGAAGUACAGUGUCAUUGUCUUGGAGAUAGCCCUGCUGAUAGAGGCCAACUGGCUUCACAAGGUACACCAAGUCUGGCUGAGCAUCCUCGAUGAGAAGGAGGCAAUUGAAAGGCUGAAAAAUCGAAAUAACCUACGUGAAGAGGAGGCUCGCAAAAGGGUGGAAGCAUUCGUGGACAUUCAUGAAAAAGUUCAACACGCCAAUGUCAUCUUCUGUACGCUGUGGGAUGAGCGAAUCACCUGGGACCAAGUGAAGCGUGCCUGGCAGAUGCUGGAGGACAGAUUUGUCAAGAAAUCAUAA